AUGUUGCACGCAAUCAUUCUGGGAUGUCUUAUCCAGCUGUUUCAAGUAGACCAUGUUCUCUUGGCAAUAUCAUGUAAUUAUCCUAGUUAUACAUCACGCGAAUAUCAAGUUAUUCUCAAUCCAAAAUUGUUCACAUCACCCAAUAGUUUUAGCGAUGGGGUCAAUCUUGUCCUCGAUUAUUUGGGUAAAAUUGAAAAUGACGCAUUGAUUAAUUUCACUUUAGUAAAUUCAUCAUUGUCAAUCAACAACGAAUCCCUUGUUGACUAUAUGCCAGAAAAUGUGAAUGAUAUGAAAAUACCGGUGUCGUAUAAAUCACGAAUAAAACCCGGAAAACCAGCUGAUAUUGUAUUCAAAAUAUCUAACAGUGAUCCUGCUCUUGUUUACAGAAAACAAUUCAGAAUUGCUGAUGAAUUUAUUAAUUCAUCAAAAACAAAAUUUGAAUUAGAUACCUAUGCGACUAAUGGAAAAACAUCAUCCCAUUGUUCAUAUGCCGUUUCAGUUGAUUUACUAGAAACGAGUUCAUCGUUAUCAUCCAUCAACAUCUCGUCCAUAUUUCCCGAUGCAUCAUCAUUUGUCACGUAUUCUGAUUCACCAAUUAUUAUUCGACCAAU